AUGAAGGAUCACAUAUGUCGAUGGUUAAAUUGUGAUAGGAAUAUGCAGCCUUUUGAUCGUACAUCUGGUUUGCUAGAACAUACUUUAGUGCAUACUCAAGUAAAACCUUAUGUUUGCACGCAUGUUGAUGAUGGUGUUCAAUGUCUUAGUACCUUUGGUCUUAAGAAGAAUUAUAACAAACAUCAUCGGAAGUUCCAUCCUCAUUGCAAUAAAGAUUGUUGUAAACACAUAACCGAAGGACAUCAGCAACAAUUCGAUUACCCACCCCAUGGAGGACAACAAUUACCAACAAAUGUAGAACAUCAAGGAAAUGAGGAAGAUUAUUCUAAUGAAGAUUUAGACUUGACUUUGAGCCUUUAA